AACGAUUUUUUAAUGGACUAUGUGAGAUUCUCGCGGGCAGCAAUUCUGGAGGUUUCAAACAUUGAAAACAGAAUGUGCUUUUUGUUUUUGAUGGAUGCGAUAAGUAAAAAGUAUUAAAAGGAAGAAGAGCGAAGAAGGAAACAGGUGUGUUUGUUCUUGUUUUCAGAAAAAUGGCUUCUCGUCCUGCAGGAUUUUCAGACGAUUCUGAUGAAGACGAUUUCUCAUUUUAUACUCCACUGAACCAGACAAUAAAGAAACCUGAGAUUGAAAUAUCAGGUACUGAAAGGCUCAUUAGUGCUAUUUUCGAUAGGAAUAUUGAGAAAGUUCAAAGCCUUUUGUCUUCUAAUGUUGAUAUUAACUUGAAAGAAAAAUCAUCAGGGAAAUGGUCUCCUGUAAUGCAUGCAGCUUACAUCGGUUCUAAGGAAAUUUUAGAACUUCUUUUAAAGCACGGCGCAAAUCCAAAUGACCAUGCUGAGAUGUUCACCACGCUAAUGUGCGUAUGCGAUUCAGCGUCUAAAAAUGAUGAUGAGUUGCUUGAAUGCUUGGAACUCCUUCUCUCACAAGGAGCUGAUCCUAAUGCUACAGAUUGGUAUAAGACAACUGCACUUAUGUUUGCUGUCAAACGUAAUCAUCCCAAAUUGGUCCAUAAGCUACUAGAAAUUGGCUGUCAACUCGAUCAAACAGACAGUGAUGGCUGGACACCUAUAUUUUAUGCAGUUGAUGCUGGUGACGCCCAUAUGGUACAGUUGUUAAAAGAUGCAGGGGCAGAUUUAUCUUUAGAAGAUCGAAGAGGACGCUCACUGACUGAAAUUUCUUCAUCUAAAUACUACAAAGACAUCACUGAGAUUGUAACACCGAAGGAUAAAUCCUUUGAACAAGAAGAGAAAAUUGAAAGCGUUUCUCCCACAAAGAGACUCACUCAUUUUCAAAUAAUGCUAGAAGAAUGUCCGAAUCUGUCAUUAAACAGAUUGCAUGGUUUUCAUAAUGAAGCUAUAAAGAUAAUAAAUGGAAUCGGCUUGAAUUCUUUGAUUAACAUUUUCACGGAAAAGAAAAUCCAACUUGGCGAAUUUUUAACGUGGGAUGAUGACCAAUGGAUAAAAGCAGGCGUUGAGAUGAGCUACGACAGACAGAAGAUAAAAGCCAGCGUUCAAAAGUAUCAUGAACGAAGCUGGAGUAAACAAAGCUUGAAGAUGAUUGAUCCAAAAGAACAAAUCGAUCUAUUGCAAUUAACUCAAAUUAUGUGCAACAUAGUAAGGCAGUUCCAUAUCCUCAGUACGACCACACACUACUACCUUAAAAACUGCAAGCCAUCUGUCGGUCAAAAAGAAAUCAAAGUGUUUACAGAAAAAGGUCUGUUGCACUUAAAACUGAUUAACACUGAUUUGGAAUUUAUUAAAAAGUUAGCUGAACAAAUCGAUAAAGAGGAAGAUGUCAUUCCAGCAGAUCUUAUCAGUCCAAAAAUCAAAACUCGCAAAAACUUUUGGAAACUGGCCAUUUUACCAACCGUAGUCAUAACUGUCAUUUUAGUACAAGUGCCAAAGUUUAAUUUAAUUAAAACCUUUUGUAACAAAAUUAACAUCCCCUCACUUUUUUGACUAAAAACAA